GAUAAAAUACAAUUUAUCUUCGCUGUUAGUACGAUCACUGUUGAUGAUUCCUUUGUCUAAAAAGAAAAGUUGACGGAAAUUGAGUUGCAUAGAAGAUAUGUGGAAGAUUACUUAGAUCAGUCAUUGGUUCAGUGAAUUAGACGUCACAAGCACAAAAAAUGAAAGCACCUGAUUCUGUAGAAGAUCUAAUUCCUCGGGCUGAAAUCUUUCGUUCAAAACUGAUAGAAGAUUUUCAGUUGUUGGAAUCGAUGACAAAAGGUAGUGCUGAAGUGCCUAAGUAUUACUCCAGCGAAGUGAGUGACUCGCCUGCAGCUAUGUUCAAGAUGCUAAGAGAAACACCUCACGCUCUAGUCAAGUUUCAUGUGUACACAACUAAAGCAGAAGUAACGUACGAUGACAGACGACUGAACAGAGUGAAGACAAAAAACACAAUCCCGUUUGGUCCAUGGGCUAGAAUGAUAAUUAACAAUCAACACUUCCACAAUUUCAUGUUACUGUUGAUCCUGUCAAAUUCAAUCGUUCUUGGAGUUCAAGCGGAAGUCACACACAACAAUGAUGCGUCAGUGAAAGGAUUAAAGUUGUUUCUAGACAUUUUUGAUUAUUUGUCCAUGAUGAUAUUCGUGGUGGAGAUCUUAUUAAAAUGGGUUGAUGGAUUUUGGGAGUUUUGGAAGAAUGGGUGGAACAACUUCGAUUUCUUCGUCACGGUGAUGUCAGUACUACCUGAGCUGAUCAAACUUUCUGGCAAGAUGGCCACUGAUGAGUUGGCUGUUGUAGCUGAAAACCUUAGAGUGUUUCGUAUUUUACGAUCUCUUAAAAUGGUGUCUCGUUUUGCUCAGCUACGGAUCAUCGUGCUCACUAUUUUAAAAGCUUUCAAGUCUAUGGUUUUCAUUUUAACUUUACUUGGUGUAUUCAUGUACAUCUUCGCAGUCGCUGGGACUGUUAUAUUUGCUUCGUAUUCGAAGUCAACACGAACAGACUUGCUCUACAAAAACAGCUUUAGUACGUUAGGCCAAUCACUGGCGACUUUGUUUCAACUGUUUACGUUAGAUCAUUGGUUCGACGUAUUAAGUGAUCUGACCAAAGUAUCAAAUGGCUUAGUGAGCAAAAUCUAUAUCAUAUUGUGGAUAUGUAUAGGCGCAUUUAUCUUUCGUAAUAUAUUUGCUGGCAUUAUGGUGAUGAACUUUCAGAACAUUCGUCAGGAUUUUGCAAACCAAUGCAACGAGAGAGAACAGGAAAUGGAAGAAGAUGCGAAGGAGAUGCUACUUGAAAUGGAGCUGGCUAUGCAAUUUGCUAGGCAGUCGUUGAAAAACAGAGAAACAAGCCUGCGAAAGAAAAGCGUGACGCAACACCAUGGUUCUGAAGAGAUUUUAAUGAAAGACUCUCUAAGUCAAGCGUCAAACGUGUCUCAAAGUGAAAGCCCUGCUGAGUGGGGGUUGUCAAAAGAGACACUCGCUUCUUGUCGAUUCGCCACAGUCAAUGAGUCAGUACUGCAACCAGUGGUGAACAAAAAAAGCGCUAUGGUCGAAGAUAUGAACCAAAGUGAAGGAUUUCCGGAGUCAGCAACUUGGAAUGCUACAGUCCGCCUAAAUUUGCACAACCUGGCUAACAGCACAAAAGAGACAUUAUGGCCUCGUGACACGCUUUUCAGAUAUUUUCAAUUAAUGGAAGCGUUACAAGAUAACUUAGCCGAACGACAACAACUGCAAUUACUAGCAGUUCAAGCUAUGAGCAACAUGCAUGACUCUGCAUGUCAUGAUCAAAAUGGUAGCUGAAAGCCGUGGAGUAUUUUCUGUUAAAAGUUUAAAUGUUCACUAGUUAUUUAUUAGGAAAAAAAUCGAGUUCUAAAAAAGCUUUUCUUUCCUACUCCAAUAAUUUUGGCAGUUUAUUAAUAAAUAAGU